AUGAAUUCCAUUUUUAGUCUUCUACUACUUUCACUUUGUUUGAUAUCAAAAUGCUUAGCAGGUACAGAUUAUUUCGUGGGCCAUCUGAUCGCUGCUUUUGAUCUUGACUCAUCCUUUAAUGUGAACAAUUUCGGAAUACUUGAUAAUGAUCUAGAUACAAACAAGGACUCGGAAGGAUUACAGGAGUUUACCCCCAUCAGUAACAGGAUCAAGCAAACCGAGCUUCAGCAGUACUCGUUUAAUGUGAACACGAGUACUGGUUUAGGUGAAUACUACGAGUAUUUGAUUUUCAUUACAGGCAACAUUUGUGACCAGCCCGAUGAUCUAAGUGCAAGUGCAAACCAAAGUUUGACGUUAUACUAUUCAUUCAAUGCUUCGAUGUUCGAGAAUUAUGAACUCGGUACGAUGGUUCAUUUUGAGAAUGGGUAUUUCCUGGCGUUGGCUGAUGUACCUGUUUCAAGUGGAGAGGAUUCAAUCUUGUACAUUGGUGUUAGAGCUCCGGAAAGCACCAAUGUGACAGCUUCGUGGUCUUAUGAGAUUGGUGUUUCUCAAAACGAUUUGGUGUAUCAAUGGGAUAAUCGCUCAUUCGCUCAAGUUGUUGAUACCGAUGCUGAACUGGCCCUCAUUGUGACUGGUAAUUUGUCUUCAAAUGGUCAACAUGCUUCAGACUAUAACGCAUCAUUGUCCAGAUUUCAGCUUUUUAUCUACUCAUAUGAAGACAUCGAUCAUUUCAAAAACUUGAAUAGCUCCUGGUGCGCAGUGAGAAAUGGGCCGGCCCUUCUCAGCACAGGUAUGUUUAAUAGUUCUUACACCAAUCGUGGUGGUGCACUUCGUCAACAGUUUCUUGUCGGUGGAUUGAACGCUAGCACGAAGUAUGUUGGCUUCUUGGUGUCUGACUUCUCGGGCUCUAAAUUGGGUGGUGCCGUCUAUUCCAAGUUUGAGGUUGAAAAGUACCGUCCUUCGAGCCUUGACGACGUUUAUGGACAAGAGGAAAUCGUGAAGACCGUGAGAAAGUUCGUUCAUGAGGGCAGAUUACCCCAUCUUUUAUUUUAUGGACCACCAGGAACUGGUAAAACUUCCAUGAUUACCGCGCUAGCAAGGGAAAUUUAUGGGCCCAACUACAAAAACAUGGUGUUGGAAUUGAAUGCUUCCGACGAUAGAGGUAUUGACGUCGUCAGAAAUCAAAUAAAAGAAUUCGCCUCUACGAUGCAAAUCUUCAGUCGUGGUUUCAAAUUGAUUAUAUUGGAUGAGGCGGAUGCUAUGACUUCUGCUGCUCAAAACUCUUUGAGAAGAAUCAUCGAGAGAUACACGAAGAACACACGUUUCUGUAUCUUAGCCAAUUACGCCCACAAGUUGAAUCCAGCACUUAUUUCAAGAUGUACGCGAUUUCGUUUCCAGCCCCUCACCGAGGGUGCUGUGCGUGACCAGAUCAAGAGUGUGGUUGCAAAAGAAGGUCUCGUCAUCUCGGAGAAGGCAGAACAGGCGCUUCUCAAGUUAUCCGGUGGUGAUAUGAGAAGAGCUCUCAACGUGCUUCAGGCAUGUAAGGCGGCUCUAGAUAGCCCAGAUGAUCAGAUAGACGAGAAAAUGAUAUACGAGUGUGUGGGAGCACCGGAUCCAGCAGACAUUGAGACCAUACUAGAUUCCAUCCUUAGAGAUGACUGGACCACAAGUUAUUUGACGUUUGAAAAAUUCAAGAAAACGAAGGGGUUGGCUUUGAUUGACCUUGUCCAAGCCUUCGUCGAGAUUUUGCAAGGUUACGAACUCAAGCCAUCCGCCAGAAUAGCAAUCUUGAAAGAACUUGCAGAUGUUGAUGCAGUCAUUGGGGUCAUCAAGGCUGCCAUGGAGAAUCAAGCUUAA